UCCGUGCAUAGGAGAAUCCCUCUCUUUCUUCGGGUACUCCGUGGAAUCUUUGGAACGAAGACGACCCGAUCCCGUCUCCUUGCCCUCCUGAGUCCGAUCGCCGAAGCUACCUCGAUCGCGGUAACCCUAGCUCAUGGCCUCCUUCCCCUCCACCAACGCCGCCGGCUCCGAUCCCUCGUCUGGCGCCCUUUCCCCACGCGCCGCGCGCCACCCCUGGACUCACGUCGUUGGCGGUGAUCCUGAGGCUUCUGCCACCGUCCCGCCUUCCCCAACCUUCACGCCGCCCCCGCCGCCGGCCGCGGUGAUCCCCUCCGCCGUGUCCUCCGAUCGAUUCCCCCAGAAGCCGCCGCCGGAGGACGUGGUUGCAUCGUCGUCAUCGGAAGCCACCGCCGGAGUGAAGAAACCGGUCUGGAAGCGGCCACCCAAUGGCUCGAUCCACAAGGGCGCUGCCGUGAUGGGUGGUGCCGCCUCCUGGCCCGCCCUCGCGGAAUCCGCCAAGGCCGCUUCCAAAUCUCAGCCUUCCGAUGCUUUGAGAAUCCUUUCAGAUGGACCAGUCCCUGUGCCCUCGGUGAGAUUGCCAGAUUUGGGGCUUCUUGUUUCAAAUUCUUCACCUGAGCCAAACCCAAGUCCAACUUCAACCCUAAACUAUGUGACACCUGAACGCCAGAAAUCAAUGAAACGUAGCGGCAGCGGUGGCGGUGGUAGCAGUGGUAUAUCCGCCGAUGGUGGGAUGCCGUUGCUCUCACCACCACCGACUUCAGGACCUAUGCCUAAGAGGAACCUGGAUAAGCAGGCUCCCAUGGAACUCUCACCUCUGGACCAAACUACCAAGAACACCACCAAUUGGGACCAUGGUUCCAGGGGAGGUGGGUUGGGAUCACAGGCCCAUGGUAGUGGCGAUCACCAUAGAGGCUAUGGUCGCAAUCGGAAGUUGAACAAUGGUGGUGGUGCUGGGUCUCACCAGAACAACUCUGGCAAGCGCUAUGAUGGAUAUCAUAGGAAUGCUGGUGGCAGAGAUGUCCACAUUCAGCAACAGGGUGCCUGGCCCCACCUCCGGUUACCUGUGCCGCCUGUGGCAGCCCCAUUCCUCAGCCUUCCUCUGCAAGUCCAACCUUUUGGGAACCCCAUGCUAUAUCCUGAUAUGCCUUCUCCUAUCUUUUAUGUUGCCACUCAGCCACCUCCCGGGGUUGUGCCCUUUGUUCCUCAUCCGUCAAUUCCUCCUGCAAUGUUUGUCCCAGCAAUCAAUCCACAGCGUGCAAGUUUGUUGAAUCAGAUAGAUUACUAUUUCAGCUCUAAUAAUUUGUGUAAAGAUGUUUAUUUGCGGCAGAACAUGGAUGAGCAAGGAUGGGUUCCCAUAUCCUUGAUUGCUGGAUUCCCUAGAGUCAGGCAAUUAACAAACAACAUAGACUUUAUACUGGAGACAGUGCGGUCAUCAACUGAAGUGGAAGUACAGGGUGAGAAAAUAAGAAAGCGUAAUGACUGGAUGAAUUGGGUUCUGCCACCAAGUAACAAUCAAUUUGCUAAUAUUUCCCUUCAAUCUCCAGCAACAAUGAAAUCUGACAAUCUGUGAGUGCGCAUGCAAGCAGUUGGACUAGAGGGGACUGCUGACCGGAGUAGCAUGAAUGUACCAAAUCUUAGUGAGGUAUUAUUACUCAGUAGAUCAGCAUAUAGGAACCGGAGUCAAGACUUUACAAGUGGCCAUCAAUCAAAAAUGGGAUAAUAUGGAGUAAGACAUUUGAUACAGAUUCAGAUUGCGUCAAAUCUGAUGGAAGUUUCUUCAGGAGUGACAUGCGAUGAGGUACAUACACUCCACAAAUCGGGGAGUGACUUGCAAAAUUACUAAUUGUCUGUAGGGCAUGCAGAGUUUGAAAGUAUCAUCUCAGGCUGAAGAGAAAAAAGACAUUCGAAAAGAAGUUAAAGAAUUGAGAGGAGAAAGGGAAACAAAAAAAGCUACAUUUAAGGGGUGGUCCCAUACAUGCACAGACGGAGCAGAUGGUGAAUUACUCUACUGUUCCUCAGUUAUUUCUGCUUGUGAAACAUUUCUUUCUCGAAGAGGAUCUGAAGUAUUCUCAAUUCUGAGCUCCGAGGAUGGAAGUACGUAGUUCGGAGCUCCUGAGUUGCUUAUUUUACUUUCCCAAUUUGUUUAUUUUCUCCAUUGGAAAGAAAGAUAUUACUCUUCUUUGUUAUUCAUAAACUUUUGCCACAUAAAUUCUCAGCACGUCUGAGACCAA